GUUACAUGAUGGCAGCAGCAAUGCAGCUUGUCUUCUUUCUCUUCGUGCUGGUCCCAAUCACAGUGUCUGAAGAAUAUUUGAAGUAUUGGAAGUUGGUUAACAGUUCUGUUCAGCUGGAUGUACAAAAAAAUAAUUAUAAAUUCUAUGAUGUCUUCUGGUUGUUUAAUAACGAAAACAACAUUGUGAAAUACAGCAACAAGGAUGAAAUUAGAAAUUACCAUGAUUAUAAUGGCAGAGUGGAGUUCGAUAAGAAAACUCACAGUCUAACACUGAUGAACCUGCAGAAGAAUGAUAGUGGACUCUAUGAGGCAGUAGCUGAUCAUAACGUGAAAGCUAUUAUUGCUAAGUACCAAUUAUAUGUGUUAGAUCCAGUGGAGGAUCCAGUUCUCAAAGUCUCAUUCCAUCAAAGCAAUGGCACCUGUAAUGUGACUCUCACCUGUGAAGCUAAGAGUCUCUCAAUCACCCAUCUUUGCUACAAUGAUAAUUGUGAUAUGAAGAAUGUAGAAACACGUGGAAACAGCUCCCUUUCCAUCUCAUUGUACAUCAAUAACAGCUUCAUCAUUUGUCAUCAUAGCAAUCCAGUCAGCUGGAAAAAUAAUACAUUGAAGUUGGAAAAGGAGAAACACCUCUGCUCUUCUGAAGAAGAUAAAGAAAAGCUCAUGGAUUCUGAGACAAGUUGGACUGCCAUAAUCAUGAUCAUAAUCAUAAUCAUAAUCAUAAUCAUAAUCAUCGUAGUAUUAGUGGGUUGUGUCACACUCCUUUUCUAGAACAGGCAACGAACGACAACAGGUAACUACCUUUUUUAUCAUAAUUAUUGUAAUUAAUGUGGAUGAAUAGAGGGCAACACUUUAUUUAGGUGGUUCAUUUUUGAUUGCUUUGGUAUGCACUAACUGUCAAUUUUAUUAUCAGUGAACUAUCUCACUUAUGUCACCUAAAAAGUACCCUUAGAGGUAUCAAGUAGUAUUAUGAUUGUUUUAAUGACAAAAACCAUUAAUAACUGUUCAUUUUCUAUAAAAGCACAGCUCAGUAGUCCUGGCAGCUGGGAAAAUCAGAUUUGUAUAGAAUAAAAAAGAUAACAUAUAUGUGUUUUUUUUUUUAUAGUAGCAGCAAACAUGCCAUUGUUAUUUACAAACAAAAAACAUAUAUUAAUUGUUCUGACUGUUUAUGUAUGGAAUAAAAAAGGAUAUGGGUGGAGGUGAUGCAGUUACCCAUCAUGUAACUGUAGGCAAAUUAGAUGCAAGUGCAGAUUUAAAGUUUAAUGAAUCAAACAAAACAUAUAACAAGCACUAUGAACACGUGGCAGAGAUAUAAGCACUAAAGAACAACCAUGAGCAAUAACAAAAGACAAGAAAUCAUAACAUGACACAGAAAGACAAACGCAAGACAAACAUUGCUGUGCAGAAUGUGACUUAAAUACCAGUGCUAAUGAACCAAAACGUGAUGGGUAUCACGUCCAGUGCUAGUUCCAGCAUAUCCAUGACAUUACCACCCUGUAUUUGAUUAUUUUCACAUAACAGCACAUCCCAAAUUGUGUUAUUUCACAUAUUUCAUUGUCCUUUUCCAAUAAUUAUUAUUUCUAAUUUUAAGGUACUAUAUUCCUUAUAAUUCCUAAUAAUGCACAUACGUAUAUAGGUGUGUAGCAUAUUAUGUAUUUGGUUUAAGAAAGUGUACAUACUAAUUAGGGGCCAAGCACCAAAGGUGCAUAGGCACCCUAUUGUUAUUCUAUCUUUUUUAUUACUUAUCAUCUUCCGUUUCUUCUUCUUCUGGCUACAGUGUAUAUGGCAGCUCAUAGAACUGUGUGGUAAAUAGUUAUGAAAUUUGGCACACUGAUUGGGGAUGGUAUAAGGAAUAUUCUGACCAAAUUUGGACAAAGUGCUGCCAAUGCUCUAGCACCACCAUCGCCACCAUCAAAUUUGGGCCUAUUUUGGAAGUACAUUCAUGGUCAUUCCCUGGACUCCCUGGGUCGAGUUCAAUGCACCUUAUGACAUAAAUAUUUCCAAUUUUGUUCAAUCUUCACUAAAUUUGACUCACAUUUUCUUGAGACCUGUAUGAACAAAAGUAUCAAAGGAAUUUUGAUAUUCAAAACCAUUUGUAACAUGCUGGCAUGAUGGAUUAUCAUACUCUGAAUAUAUCCAAGAAGUUUCAUGAUUGCACUGUCUUCUUUUUCCUAUAAUUGCCUGGAACAUGCUAAAGUGAACACAGACCAACAUCUGAAAUUCAAGUGUACUUCCUGUCAACCAUCUUGGAUUUUCCUCAACAAUCUUGUUGUUUUUUUCGCUACUCCUUCUACAAAUUAUGUCCAAUCAACACCAAAUAGAGGUGCAUCUCAAAAAAUUUGAAUAUCAUGGAAAAGUAAUUUUUUUUUUCAAAAAUUCAAUUCAAAAAGUGGAACUUUCAUAUAUUCUAGAUUCAUUACACAUAAAGUGAAAUAUUUAAAGCAUUUUUUCUGUUUUAAUCUUGAUGAUUACGGCUAACAGCUCAUGAAAAUCAAAAAGCUGUUUUUUGAAGAUAGUGACAGAUUCUGUUGUCUGGAUUGAGGUUGGAAGUUCAUUCCACCACUGAGGGACAGAUAGUCUGAAAGUUCUGGAUAGGGACCUUGAGCCACGCUGAGUAGCCACUACUAAGCGUAGGUCAUUGAUCAAUCGCAGAUUGCAUGAGGGAACAUGAGCCUUCAGGAGAGUGUUGAGCCUGUUCCAGAUAAGGUACGUGAGCAUCAAGGCCUUGAAUUUGAUACGGGCGGCUACAGGAUGCCAGUGGAAGGAGAUGAAGAGGGGUGUGACAUGGGUUCUCUUGGGCUGGUUGAAGAGGAGGCGUGCUGCUGCAUUCUGAAUCAUCUGAAAGGGUUUGAUGGAGCUGGCUGGGAGGCCCAAGAGUAGUGCAUUGCAGUAGUCCAGUUUUGAUAUGACAAGAGCCUGGACUAGUAGCUGUGUAGCCUGUUCUGUGAGAUAGGGUCUGAUUUAUGCACUCAAUACUUGGUCGGGGCUCCUUUUGCACAAAUUACUGCAUUAAUGAAGUGUGGCAUGAAGGCAAUUAAUUAAAUUACAGAAAAAAAAAAACUUUUCCAUGAUAUUCUAAAUUUUUGAGAUGCACCUGUACAUCAUCUGCAGACCAACCUGGACAAAGGUUAUCAAAAGAAUGUUGAUAUUCCAAAUGGUUUGUCCGUAAUGUGCCAACAAAUCUGACAAAAAUGCUUCCAUCUAAGUGCCAUUUUUGCUACUCCUCCUCCAAAUGUUGUCCAAUCAUCACCAAAUUUGGCUCACAUCAUCUUGAGACCUGUCUAAACAACUGUUUACUUCCAUUCUAGCCAUUCAAUGUACCAUUAUACAGACAGCAUAUGACUGACAGGGUUUUAUAUCAAACAACAUUUUUAUUGAGCAAUUUUCAAUAAAAAUAAACAAUACGACAGAUAUAUGUUUGGUGCAGAUACUUGCACAAAGUAAGUAAAAAGGCUCAGAGUAAUAAGAAAGAAGCAUAAAUACCUUAGAUAUUUUUAAAAUGCAAGAAGAAAAACAUUUUCAGGUCAAAGCAGUAGCAAUCAUGACCACAGGUCAUAGUAGCAACAGACAUCUGUCACAGCAGUGGUGGCAGCUGCAGAAGCAAUGCCACCCUGCUGCACACCUUUCCUCCUACAUUCAGAGAAUUCCGCCACUGUCCAUGGUCAUGACAUACACAUCAUGAAUGAAACAACAAAACUACCCGUUGCCUAAAUUCAUGACUUUGCUUUCCUGUGAUUGCUUAGGCAACAAUUGUAGCAUGUCUGUGAAUGUGUCUAAGAGUCAAAGCACCGAAUCUGGGUGCUUGGCCCCUGGAUCUGCUGCUUGCAGAUUUAAUUCCCUUUUAUAAUCUUUUUCCACCUAAAGAUAAGAUGUGACUUUUUGCACAUAAAUAAAAUUGCUCUGCUCGCAAUGCUGCUUCAUGCUUUUCCUGGUGAUGAACUUAACUAGCCCUGUAAGCUGUUAAUUAAUAGCACAUUAAUAAAUUAUUACGUGACAGUCAUGAAACUACAAAAGCUGUCAAGAAUUUUAGGAAUCUUCAUUAAAUUGAGACCAAAGUCACAUUUAAUUAAUCACAUGAUAUUUAUAGACCAUGAUGAGCAAAAUAAUGUUUUAGUAAAUAAUGUUUUUUAAGUUUGCAUGUUUGCCUCACAUCUCUGGGAUUGGGGGAUUGAUUCCCGCCUCCGCCCUCUGUGCGCAGAGCUUGCAGGUUCUUCCCAUGCUUCGGGGGUUUCCUCCCCUAAUCCAAAGACAUUGCAUUGUAGGCUGAUUGGCAUCUCUAAAUUGUCUACAGUGUGUGAAUGGGUGUGUGUGACUGUGCCCUGCGAUGGAUUGGCACCCCAUCCAGGGUGUCCCCUACCUUGUGCCCCAGAUCUCCGGGGAUAGGCUCCAGGCUCCCCUGUGAUCCUGUGUAUGAUAAGCGGUACAGAAAAUGGAAGAAUUGCUGGAUGGAUUUAAUGUAAUUCAUGUUGCAAUAUUGUGUAAAAAUUUUAAGUAUAAAUUUUAAUACAUUUGUAAUUAUUGUGAUCAACUACUGUAUAGAGUAUAUUGUUUGAUUCCCUAAUUACUAUAUAGUCAGUUCUGUAUACAGCAAUGUAACACAUGUGCUACAUCCCUCAUUACUUAAAGUUUUUACCAAAUCGUAAUUUCUGGAUAGCUACACAAAGAAAAGUACAUAUGAGUAAUGCAGGUAAUUAACUUGUAACAAUUUGCACAUUUGUAUAUAAGAAUUCUACAACCUUUAGUUAUUUAAUUACCAAUUCCCUUUAGUUUAAGUCCCAUAGUGCUGAAGGUGAAUUAACAUAUAAUCAGGUCCUUUAAAUUUGUGGUUGAAUUCAUGCAAACUUCAAUCAACUUGGAAUAUUAUACAUUUCAUUUUUUCAGAUAGUUUUUAAUAAGUGAAUUAGUAAUAAAGUAUUAUUUAAGAAAGUAAUAUUUUAUUAGUCUUGAAAUAUGAUAUAAAUAAAUAUGAAUUUAGGCUAAAUAUUCUUGUCUAUUUUACUGUAAUAUCUAUUUGCAUAUUUCCAUCAGAAAGAAAGAUUUACUUCAUAUUAUUGCUGCAGAUAAAAUAGAGUACAGCAACAUGCAAUAAAUAGACACCGUCAGUUUCACCUUGUCUACAUAAACCACACUAGUGUAAAAAAAUACAAAAAUAAAUAAAUAAAUAAAUAACUAUAUUAGACAACAUUAAGUGUUAUCUCUCUUAAUUAUGUAGCUUCAAGAAACUAAUCUGUCACCUGAAAAUUUUAAUAUGUCCUUUACUAAUAGUACACACAUGCUUUUUUUACAUAAUGUAAGUGAAAUGUCAUAAUUGAUUAGUGUUAUAAAUCUAAAGUACAUUGGACUUUAUUGGAUUAGAUUGUAAUUUAGACACAGAUAUGUGUAGUUCAUGAAGGAUGAGUCAAUGACUUUGAGAUCAUCAGGUGCUGGGUGGUAAACUGAAUUGUGUCUGAUAUUUCAUCUUGAAUUUUGUUUGAAAAUAUAAACCAUUUCAUUUCCAAACCUCCUAGAUUCUGGCACCACGGUCUAUGAAGAAGUUAAGGUGACCUUUUGAUAAUAGAAAUCUCUUUUGCAUAUUAUUUACAUAUUAUUGGGAAAAAGAACACAGUAUAUGGUAUAUGUAUAUGGACACAAAAGCAGAGUCACUCAAGAUGUCAGAGAACCUUGAAACUCCUUGUACCCUUUACUGUACUGUCGGGAAGCCAGCCCAGGCUUAUAGUAAUGAUGAGAACACUGUAAGCACUGCAAAUCCUGGCAGCAAGGUAAAUGCCAGCAAAUAAACAUUCUUAGUUUUACAAAAUGGUAAUUUUCUAUUAAUCUUGAAUAAAAUAUAAACAUGUAUUUAUACAAUGCUAUUGACAUUGCUACCAUGCAUUCCUCCUGAAUAAUGAUUUAUAAUGUAUGGUUAACUACGAAUGUAAACCAAUGCAUAAACUGUGUGUAAACUAUGGGAUUAGAAUUGUUUCAUAAUUCCAAAUAAAUAGAUUAUGAUCCACAAAUAAAUGUAGCGAGAUUCACAAAAAUUAAACAAAUUCACAAAUAAAUAGAAUGAGAUCCGCAAAUAUGUAAGUUUCAGAAAAAUUGAUAACAUUCCCAAAUAAAUAAAAUGAGAUCUGCAAAUAAAAUUAUUUUUUUUACGAAUAUGUUUUUAUGUCACAAACAGAACUCUGCCUUACAUUCAUUUGUGAAUCGCGUCCUCUGCAUUUGUGGAUUGCUGCACACAUGUGUGAGUUUUGAAACGUUUCUAGCCUCAAGAGUGCACACAAAUCCACAAAUAGGUGGACUCCGCCCACCGUCUACUCAAACCAAUCGGAUAAUGGCCACGUUGCACUGACCAAUUCUUGCUCCAACCAAUCACGUUUUGUUUUGCAAUCAGGUGGGAACAGAGUCGGCAGCCAAGCCCGAAUUAUGAGAAACAGAAAUGAUUAAAGAAUUGCUUAGCUGGUUCUUCAGGCUAUGCAGUCUGUUAAGCCUAGUUCACACUACAGUAUUUCAAGCUCGAUUUGCAAGUCACCGAGCUCGCCGACAAAAACCCUUUGAUCAGAGGCAAAUCGACAGUCGAUCAUUGUGUGAACUACUCAACGAUGCAUCGCCGAGGCAUUGGCAAUGGCAGACAGAUAUUUGGCAUGCUAAAUAUCUGGAGUUGUUGGGCGACUUGACAUCCUGUGAUAUGGAAAGUUUUGUCACUGGCAGUGACUGCAGUGACAAGCUACCACAAAUAAGAGCGCAAGGCAUGGAGGAAGGAAAAAACGUGAAACCUAUGGCAGAAGUAUAAAGGGGAGAAGCUGUACAAACAUUUUUUACUCACCUCCAACUCUCUCUGUAGCACACACAAUCCCUGCUGCCCGCGUGUGCUAAUCCAUUAUUUCACGUACUUUCAGCACAAAUCAUCGCGCAAACAGCAUUAACCGCAUGUUUCUGUCCUAGGUCCAUUUUCAGAUAAACAACUCCUGUUUCGCCUGUGGUUUUCGUGUCAUAUAUCCGUGUCACUUCUCGCGUGUGAUUUCAUGACAAAACAGAGUUUGGACACCAGAUAGAGUCAUCGGGUGACAGAGUCAUUGUCAGAUCGUGUAGUAUGUGACCCCCCUGUCGCCGAGCAAUCACGUAGUGUGAACAUCACAACGACUUCAUGACUCCCAGAUUACAAGACAGCAAGUCAUGUAGUGUGAACAGCACAGUGAUCUGCCGACGUUGAAAGUCAUGCAGUGUGAACUUAGCCUUAGUUCACCUCACCUCCCGAUCAAAGUUGUUCUUUCUUUUGUCACGUCACAUUUGUCACGUCUGUACCCUGGAAACAGAAAUGAUUAAUUCACCUCUCGAGUCUUCGGGGAGCCAGGGAGCUAUGAUUACAAAGACUACACUCCCAGAUGAGCUGAAUGAGUUCUAUACUCAGUUUGAGGCCCCAAACAUUAGCCAGCAUAGGAUUCUGGACUUAGAGGGCACAUUGGACAUGCCAGUCACUGUGUCAUCAGCAGAGCUGCACAUGGCUCUGAAGAGAACGAACCCACGGAAGGCAGCCGGCCCAGACAACAUCCCCGGGAAGGCACGAGCAGGGUUUGCUCGUUGGAGCUGGCUGAUGUGUUCACACACACCUACAAUCUGUACCUUGGUCCGGCCUCGGUGCCUACCUGCUUUAAGUCCACCACAACUGUGCCACUACCAAAGAAAAACACUGUGACCUGCCUGAAUGAUUGUCAUCCAGUUGCACUUACACCAGUUGUUAUGAAGUGUUUUGAAAGGAUAGUCAUGUCCUACAUAAAAAGGACUAUACCAGCCACUAUGGACCCACUUCAAUUUGCAUAUCGACAAAAUCAUUCCACUGAUGAUGCUGUUAAUGCUGUUGUCCACACAACCCUCACACAUUUGGAGGGUAAGGACACAUAUGUGAGAAUGGGGCCGGCUGUCGCUCAGUUGGUAGAGCAGGUUGUCCACUAAUCGUAGGGUUGGAGGUUUGAUUCCCACCCCACAUGACUCCACAUGCCGAAGUGUCCUUGGGCAAGACACUGAACCCCAAGUUGCUCCUGAUGGCAAGUUAGUGCCUUGCAUGGCAGCUCUGCUACCAUUGGUGUGUGAGUGUAUGGGUGAAUGAGACACAGUCUAAAGCGCUUUGGAUAAGAGCACCAUUUACCAUUUACCAUGCUAGAAUGCUAUUUAUUAAAAAAAGCUCGGCAUUCAACACAGUCAUAACACAGAGGCUCCCCGAAAAGCUCCUCAUCCUCGGACUGACACCUUCCCUCUGUAACUGGGUACUGAAGUUGGGUCCUGUGGCCUCCCAGACCAAUACCAGGAUUAUAAAUUUUGUGGAUGACACUACAGUCAUUGGACUGAUCACUGGUGGAGAGGAAACAUCAUAUAGAAGAUAGGUGGCAGGACUGAUGGCCUGGUGUCAGGAAAAUAAUCUCUCCUUAAAUGUAUAUAAGACCAAGGAAAUGAUUAUUGAUCCUAGGAGGAGGAGGAGGAAUGAGCAGCAUACCCCAAUUUACAAUGGUGAGACAGAGGUGGAGAGGGUGAAAACCAUUAAAUUCCUCGGAACCUACAUCAGCGAGGAUCUCACCUGGUCUAACAACACUCAGCAGCUCCUGAGGAAAUCCCAAUAGCAACUGUACUUCUUAAGAAGGCUGAGGUAAUUUGGCAUGGCAACCGGAAUCCUCAACAACUUUUACAGGUGUUCAGUUGAAAGUGUGAUCACCAGUUCAAUCACAGUGUGGUAUGGAAGCUGCACUGUUCAGUAUAGGAAAGCUCUCCAGCGUGUGAUAAAAAACUGUGCAGUUUAUUUGUGGAGUAGCCUUCCCAUCACUUCAAGAUAUUUACAGCACCAGGGUCAUCAGGAGGGCUCACAGCAUCAUCAGGGACAGUACACGUCUAGAAUACAACCUCUUCAUACUUCUGCCAUCUGGGAAAUGGUACAGGAGUGUGAAAUCAAGGAUAGAAAGAUUCACAAACAGUUUUUAUCCACAACCCAUUAGACUCCUGAACAAUCCAAUACAUUAAACACUAACUACCUCACUCCCCAUUACCCUCACUGACUGUUGCCCUGAUUGUUGCACAACAUAUAUUUGCACAUUUUGUACAUAUUUGCAGAUUUUUUUUGUAUAUUUAGCCUGUAUAUAUUCACUAUAUUGCAUAUUUUUGUAAGGGAGGCUUGCAAAGUAAGAAUUUCAUUGUGUGGUCUAAACCGUGGUGUUUUUACUGUGCGCAUGACAAUAAAUCUCUUGAAUCUUGAA